UGAAAACCAAAUCAAAAUUGAAAAUUCCGUCACAAAUCGGAAUUUGGGGUUCCUUUUCACGAUUCCAAUUCACACAGCAAACAACUCCGAUUCUCCUUGCAAGAAACAACGUUUCCAGGUGAAUAAUUAAGAGGUAGAUAGAUAGAGAGGAUGGGGGCAAUGAUAUCACGGUUCUGGUUCAUGUUAUUCCCUGCUAAGGAGUAUAAGAUUGUGGUUGUUGGGUUGGAUAACGCUGGAAAGACAACCACCCUUUAUAAAUUGCAUCUCGGUGAGGUUGUCACUACAAAUCCCACUGUUGGUAGCAACGUCGAAGAGCUUGUAUACAAGAAUAUACGAUUCGAGGUCUGGGAUCUUGGCGGACAAGAAAGACUGCGGACAUCAUGGGCAACAUAUUACCGAGGAACUCAUGCUGUAAUUGCGGUGAUAGACAGCAGUGAUAGAGCCAGGAUCUCUAUUAUGAAGGAUGAACUUUUCAGGUUGUUGGGGCAUGAAGAAUUACAACAUUCUGUCAUUCUUGUCUUUGCUAAUAAACAAGAUAUCAAGGAUGCUAUGACUCCUGCUGAGAUCACCGAUGCACUAUCCCUUCACAGCAUCAAGGAUCAUGAUUGGCAUAUACAAGCUUGCUGUGCCCUCUCAGGAGAAGGGUUGUAUGAUGGUCUUGGAUGGAUUGCCCAGCGAGUAACUGGCAAAGCACCAACAUGAUGUUGGGUUGAUGGAAACUUACGAUGAGAUUCAUAUUCUUGAAUUUAUGUGAUGAAUUACAGAAUCUACGUAUCAUUUAUACUUCAAAGAGUCAAGCCAAGCUAAUUUGUAGGUUUUUUCAGUUUCAAUUUGUGUAAUGGAGCAUAUCGUUUACCAAAGCUAUCAAUAGUUUGAAAUCCCUGCAGCCCUACCCUAUCCCACGCACUUUAUAGACUAUAUAUAGCCUAUCAAGUAUAUAAAGUGUAUCAAGUGAGAACAUGAGAAGAAUUAAUCUUGAUUAUUUGUUCUGACAAGCUUGCAGUGUCCUCUCUGGAGAAGGGAUGUAUGAUGGUCUUGA